AUGGGCAAGCCACGCCUCAUUAUCCUCAUCCGGCACGCUCAAUCAGAAGGCAACAAGAACCGCGAAAUCCAUCAAGUCAUCCCCGACCAUCGCGUCAAACUGACCGAUGAAGGGUGGAAGCAGGCAGAAGAUGCAGGCCGCCGCCUCCGCAACCUCCUCAAACCCGACGACACCCUGCAAAUCUACACCUCCCCUUACCGCCGCACGCGCGAGACGACGGAGGCCUUACUCUCCACUCUGACCGCCCGACACGAUCCGGAUGACCCGGAUAGCAUCCCUUCACCCUUCAGUCGCACGAGGAUUAAAGUGUACGAGGAGCCGCGGAUAAGGGAACAAGAUUUUGGCAAUUUCCAGCCCGGCAGCGGGGAGAUGGAACGGAUGUGGGCGGAGCGAGCGGAUUACGGCCAUUUCUUCUACCGCAUCCCGAAUGGCGAGAGUGCGGCUGAUGCAUAUGACCGUAUCUCAGGGUUCAACGAGAGCUUGUGGCGGCAGUUUGGGGAGAAGGAUUUCCCUUCUGUAUGUGUGCUGGUGACGCAUGGCUUAAUGACGAGGGUUUUCCUGAUGAAGUGGUAUCACUGGAGCGUGGAGUACUUUGAGGAUCUAAGGAACAUCAAUCACUGCGAAUUUAUCAUUAUGCGGAAGAGUGAUGAUAGCGGGAAGUAUUUGUUGGAGAAUCAGCUCCGGACAUGGAGUGAGCUAAAGCGGCAGCGGGCGGAGCAGGAG